CGGGGGGAGGGGGAGAGACUGUGCGCUCCCCACCCCGUCUCUGAAAGCCGCGCCCGCGCAGUUCCGAAAAAGCCUGCAGAGAGCGCCUGCGCGGUCGUGGCCGAGGAAGCUGUGGCGGUAGCGGCGAUGGAACCAGCUGAGCCGCUGAACGAGUUAGUGUCAGCCGAGGGCCGAAACCGGAAGGCGGUGCUGUGCCAACGCUGUGGCUCCCGAGUGCUGCAGCCAGGGACCGCUCUCUUCUCCCGCCGACAGCUUUUCCUUCCCUCCAUGAGAAAGAAACCAGCUCUGGCUGAUGGCAGCAAUCCUGACGGCGAGCUUCUCCAGGAGCACUGGCUGGUUGAUGACAUGUUCAUCUUUGAGAACGUGGGCUUCACCAAGGACGUGGGCAACAUCAAGUUUCUGGUGUGCGCAGACUGUGAAAUCGGACCAAUUGGCUGGCAUUGCCUAGAUGACAAGAACAGUUUCUAUGUGGCCUUGGAACGGGUUUCCCAUGAGUAACUGAGGGGAGGGGGACUCAGCUCCACCCCCAGCUCUAAAGGCUCCUCCCCUCAAGAACUGGCAUUUAACCUGAUGUCAUUGCCCUGCUGCCGCCUUCUCGGUACUAAUGUAAAUUAUGAGUAUCAACAUGUCCGGUUGAACAGAGGGCUAAUCCUGCUUCCUUAAAGCCUCAAGUGCAUGCCUCAUGCAUCACUCAUCCUGCAUCCCAACAUCUCCUAACCUUCCUUUUCCCCCAGUUGCAGGACGCUGGAACACGUCCACAAAUGUGCUCUCAUCCCUGGCAUCCUGCCCCGGGCUCUCUGACCCUGGGCUCCCUUGUUUCGUGUUCUGUAACAGCAGCAUUCAUCCUGUUGUCCAAGAUGACACAUGACAGCUGAUGCCCGUGCUGAUAGCUGAAACUCCACCUUUUUCUCUCUCAUUCAAGAAAGCAUAUAAGUGUCUGAGAGUGACUUGGUUGUAUGGCUAACUGUAUCUACAGUAAUUUAUUCUUUUUAAAAGUGUAGCAUUUACAGACAUUAGUAUUUAAACUACUAAUCAGAAACACAUUACUUUGGACACCCCUCUAAUACCAUGUUUGACAGCUGAGCCUCUAGGCUGAUAGUGACUUUUUAUUGUGAAGAUGAAUAUGGCCCCUCUUCCCCUCAAAUCUUGAUAUGGUUUCUCUUUAUAUUAGCCUGUGAGUUGAGAAUCAGAUUUUCAACCCUAUCUGGCAGCCACCCCAAGGAAAACUCAGCCCUGGCUUAGAAUCACAGUGGAGGAUGUGGGAUAUAGGAGGGACAGGCCUUUGCCAUAUUAUACAUGACUUUAUAGGUUUGCCUUAUUUGGACAAGUAACUCUUCCUUUGUUCUUAGCAAAGGAAUCUAUCUAUCUAAUGGGUAGUGUCAUCAUUUACCGAACCUACUAAGCAUGGUCCUCACAGAGUUUUGGUUCAUUUGGAAUGUCUGUACCAACCCAGAACACAAACUUUCCAUCCAAAUGCCACUAUUUCUAUAGCUGUAGCAUUGCUCUAAUAGUUCAGUGUUAGCAGACUUGUUUAACUCUUCAGUAUGAUUGUCAGUUCUGUCCUCUCUCUUCUGAAGUGACUCAACUUUAGAAGGAGUCUCUCUGACCAGAUCUCGAGUAUCCUCCCAUCAGCCCUACCUGGAAGAUGGAGGAGACCCUAGAAUUGACAUAAGGACUAAACGGAAACCUUCCAGUUUAGAGCCCAUCCUUCUGUAUCUGUUUUCUGCUUGCUUCUGCCUUCUUUCUCCCCGGAACUUUUCUAAGGGCUCCCCAACUAAAGUGUGGGCCUUGGGCAUGGUUUUGCAACCAACCUACUCCUCUAGAAAGGUGGCUUCCUUCCCCAGUCAUAGCCUCGAUGAGAUCUAGUUGAAAAUGAGAGAACAGUUUUCUAGACAGUCAAAGGUCCAUGAUUACGGCAUGUGCAGAAAAACAACUGUGAGAAUUACCCACUCAGGUCCGAAGGAACAAAACCAGGUAGAUGCCUCUGGGGGCAUGUCGCCCCUCCUGCCACAAGCCAAAACCUAAGCAAGGCAGUUUUUUAAAUUAGGCUUUCACUUUUCUUUCCUUUUUUAAUCACAGAAAUAGUACACAUUUGUUGCAGAUAAAUACAAAAAUGGGUAUAAAGAUUUUUUUAAUCACUCCUAUUUCCACCAUCCAGAGAUUGCCUGUAGUAAUGUGGUAUAUAUCCUCAGUGUUUUUCUAUAUGUAUAUAUAAACAUGUAUGGUUUUUAAAAACAGAUAUGAGGUCAUACUGUGCUCUUUUAUAACUUGCCUUUUCCAUUAACAAAAUACUGACUUCCCAUUUUAACAGAUAACCGUCCAUGGCCACCCUUGUUUUUAGUAUUCCAUUGUCAUUUCUGUAAUCUAUUUAAACAAUCCCCUAUUAGAUUGUCUCCAGUUUCUUAUAAACGGUGUGAUACAACAUACAACUUUAAAGUUAAAUCUGUAUACACAUUCGUAAUUAUUUCCUUGGCAUACAUUAUUAGAAGUAGAAUUGCAAGGUAUGCAUGUUUUCAAGGAUUUGGUCUGUUGACACAUACUCUUCAGAAACAGCUGUAAUUCACCCCCCUCCAGCAGUGUAAAAGAGCACUCAUUUCUCUGAAACCUUCCUAACACGGGGUAUUAUGAAAAAGAUAUUUUGCCACUUUAAUAGAAAAAGUAGUAUCUCAUGUUUUCAUUUGCAUUUCUUGUAUUUUUAAUGAAAUUUUUAGAUACUGAUCAUUUGUAUUUUUUUUUUUAGAAAAUUGUCAAACGUUGCCACAGUAGCCAAAAAUAUCAAAUUGUUAUUCUGUCUUUUCGGUAUAAUUUGAAAGGAAUAAAGGCAUUUAAACAGUA